GCAGCCACUCGCAAGUUCACGCUCGCCAGUCCAGUGUGAGCCCCAGGACACCGCAUCGCCCGGCACCCCCCCGGCAUCAGCUCCCCACCACUUCUUCUGCCUCUCACUUCCACCAUUACUUUAUCUGCUGCAGCAGAACCUCAAGACAUCUUGCCUAUUGGGUCUGAGACAAUUUUCCAUACUAUUGUAAUCUGGAUCCAGACAGCUUUACCAGUUGGACACAUUAUAUCCCACUGUGUAAUGGUUCCCUAUAGUUGAUCCCACUUCUGUGUAUAUUGGACUGUAGGAUUUUUGGAAGAAGACCAACAGCCUGUUGAGCAGCGACCCACCAUAACCAUGAAUAUAUCCAUGCAGAAUAUCUCCAUAAAUGCCACCAGCAGGAAUGACACUGUGACCAACCCUUUCUUGCAGCCAGCCUGGCAGAUAGCACUGUGGGCAGUUGCAUACUCCAUCAUUGUGAUUGUCUCUGUAGUUGGGAAUAUUAUUGUCAUGUGGAUCAUUUUAGCACACAAAAGAAUGAGGACUGUCACCAACUACUUCUUGGUGAACUUGGCUUUUGCAGAAGCCUCAAUGUCUGCCUUCAAUACUGUGGUUAAUUUCACAUAUGCCAUCCACAACCAUUGGUACUAUGGACUUGUCUACUGCAAGUUUCACAACUUCUUCCCAAUAUCUGCUGUUUUCUCCAGCAUUUACUCAAUGACAGCUAUAGCCCUGGACAGGUAUAUGGCCAUUAUCCAUCCGCUGAAACCAAGGCUAUCUGCAACCGCUACUAAAAUAGUGAUUUGCGUCAUCUGGGGAUUUGCAUUCUCCUUGGCGUUUCCGCUGGGAUACUACGCAGAGGUGGAACGAAUGUUUGAUCGAGAAGUGUGUUAUCUGGAAUGGCCCGGAUAUGAGUUAAACCGGAAAUACGAAAAACUGUACCAAGUGUCAGUCUUUGGCCUCAUCUACUUCCUGCCCCUGCUGGUAAUAGGCUGUGCGUACACAUUCAUCGGAUUAACCCUUUGGGCCAGCGAGAUCCCAGGAGACUCCUCAGAUCGCUACCAUGAGCAGGUGGUGGCAAAGCGUAAGGUGGUGAAAAUGAUGAUCGUUGUAGUUUGCACAUUUGCGAUCUGCUGGCUCCCAUAUCAUAUCUACUUCCUGCUUCAGAUCUUCCUUCCCGAAAGCGACCAAAAAUUCUACCAGCAGCUAUACCUGGCCAUCAUGUGGUUGGCGAUGAGCUCCACCAUGUAUAACCCCAUCAUCUACUGUUGUCUGAAUGACAGGUUCCGCAUUGGCUUUAAGCAUGUUUUCCGAUGGUGCCCGUUUAUCCAUGCGGGUGAGUAUGAAGGGCUGGAAAUGAAAUCCACACGCUACCUUCAAACUCAGAGCAGCAUGUACAAAAUCAGUCGUAUUGAAACCACCGUUUCGUCUGUCCUAAAUGCCAACGACGAGGAUGCAGAGGAGAGUGGGAAGAACAGCAAACGCCUGUCCUUGGACCUCACCUCCAACGGUUCCUCACGCAGUGUCUGUAAGACUAUGUCUGACUCCUCCAGCUUUUACUCCAACAACCUUUCAUAAAUGGCCACCACAACCAGGAUUGUCCUUGGUGUCCGUUUGUGGUUUGCUAGGCUACUUAUAUCCCCAAACGAGGGGAAUCCAUUUUAAAGUGUUUCCACCUUAUCCAGGCUUAGGUGAAUGAGACUUUGUUGAUAAUCCUUAUGCCCUUACUCUUCCGUCCAGUAAUUCCGUUAAUGAGAGUAUGUUUACAACAUGGAAAGGCCUUACCACUAAUUUGUCAG